CUUUCCGGCUUAACAGUCAAUUUUUGAUGAAGAAAAAAGAAAAUCAUUUUAGUAAUAAUUGACGUUUUAAAUUUUUUAUAUUUAAAUUCUCUAGUUUCAAAAACGUGUCAUAUUGGUCCUUUUUAGUCCUGUUUAGUUUUUUCUCCUCAAUUUGCAAACUAACCCUAACAAUAAAAUGUCAAAGAUUUUUGAGCAAGAAAAAGUAUGGCUUGAUAAAUCAAAAUAUGAUGAAGUGGAAUGUGUAAAUUAUGAAAAACUAUCAAAGAAUAAGGUGGAAAAAACUAUUACUAGUGGUGCUAAUUCAUGUGGUACGACAAUGGCAUCAGGCAGUUCGCCCCUCGAAGAUAACAGUCGGAUUACAGCAAUAUCAAAGCAGGAAAAUAAUGAUAUUGAAGUUGUAGCGAUCGACUGUGAAAUGGUCGGCAUUAAUCAUGAUGGACGUGAAGAUAUGUUGGCUCGUGUUUCGAUCAUUAACUCUAAGGGUGAAAUUAUCUACGACAAGUUUGUCAAGCCCACAACGAAAGUGACAGAUUAUCGUACGCCGGUGAGUGGCAUUCGACCUGAAGAUAUUGAACACGGGGAGAUAUUUACCAAAGUAAAACAAGAAGUCUUGCGAGUACUCAAAAACAAAAUAGUGAUAUGCCAUUCACCAAAAAAAGACUUAAAGGUACUGAAGAUUUCCCACCCCAGAUGUAUGAUUAGAGACACCUCAACCUACUCUAAUUUCAUGCAAUUCACUGAAGGUCGAAAGCCUAGUCUGAAACAAUUGACAUUACAUUUUCUUGGAGCUAGCAUACAGGAAGGACAACACAGGUCUGUUCAAGCUGCCAAGGCAGCACUACAGUUGUACAUGAUUUUUCGUGAUGAUUGGGAAUCACAGAUUAAUUUGAAAAAUAAUGCCGUCAUACAGGAGAAGGAAAAUAAUGAUAUUGAAGUUUUAGCGAUUGACUGUGAAAAGAUUGGAGUACAACAGGGAAAUACUCAUGGAAAUAUGUUAGCUCGUGUCUCGAUAGUUAACUCGAAGGGCGAAAUCAUUUACGACAAGUUUGUCAAGAACACAGCGAAAGUGACAGAUUAUCGUACCUCGCUGAGUGGCAUUCAACCUAAAGAUAUCUUAUACGGGGUAGGAAUUUCCAAAGUAAAAAAACAAGUCGCGCGAAUACUCAAAAACAAAUUGUUAGUAGGCCAUUCACUAAAAAACAAUUUUAGGAUGUUGGAGAUUUCGCACCCUGAACAUAUGCUUAGAGACAUAUCAACGUGCUCGACAUUUACAAUAUUAACAAAAAAUCAAAAGCCUAGUCUGAAACGAUUGGCAAGAUAUUAUUUUGAAACUGUAUUACCGGAUGGAGAACACAGAUCUGUUGAAAAUGCCAAAGCAGCACUACGGUUGUACAUGCUGGUUCGGAAUGAUUGGGAAAAACGGUUAAAAAAAAAAAGAAAAAACAGUUCUAGAAAGAAAUGAGAAUAAACCAUUAAAUAAUAAAUUGUAAGGUUUUGAUGGGAAAGGGUAUACAAAAAUUAACAUCAUACUUUUGUUUUGUAGUAAAUUUUAAGCGGAAUCGACUGGUGGCACUGAUAUUUAGCUAUCUC